AUGUCCUCCUCAACCGACCCCCAACACCCCGAAAUCUCAAUCCCCCUCCACCCUCGCCCCCUCAACCCCCUAACCACCUCACCACCACCCACCAACCCCCUCCCAACCCUCCUCCAAACCCCCUCCGGCCUCGCCCUCCUCGAGCUCCAAGGCUCCAUCAACCUCCCACCAUCGUCAACUUCCAGCAACAACACAGACGACCCCUCUUCAACCUCACCAACCCCAGUCCCGAUCGGAACUUUGCACUUCCCGGAUUAUCACGCGGGCGAAACCCCGGACGGCGACACGGCUUGGAUGAGGAGGGUGUGGAUGUAUGUGGGGGAACAUCAGAUGUUGCAUGGGGAGGUGAAGAAGCUGCCGAAGGCGGUGGCGGUGUUGAGGAAGAGGGGGGGCGGUAGUGGUGGUGGGGGGGGAGAAGAGGAAGAAGAAGGGCGUGCGGAGGAGUUGGAGGUGGCGGGGGUCGUGAAGUAUAAGAUUGUGUUCUCGUCGAGGCCGGAGCCGGUGCGGAGUGGGGUUGGGUUGUGA